AGUGCUGGUAUGAGCGGCUGUUGGUUGGGGACGGUCCAUGAGCAGAGACAGUAUUUUAUAAGGAACUAAUAGUGAUCACCAGAGUCAGGGAGGACACAGGAAGUUUCUUUUUGGCUGUUUUGCAAGUUCAUGCUCUAUUUCUGAAAAUAGGGAAGGACUCGACUUUAUAAGCUGCCCUCCGAAAUAGGAACGCCAAAGGCAGUGGUAGACACUGAUAAGAUGGGGGACAAUGCAAAUAAAGGGAAAGUGCCUGUUGUGGAAGACACAAAGGUGAAAGUGCUUUUUGACACUGAAGCAUCACUCGGGGCUGAUGAAAAAGCUGAUUACGCUCCAACUGGGACAAACUCAAUCUACUCUGCGAUUCUGAGCAGAAAUGAGACGGUCAAGGAUGCCAAGCGUCUUAAGACCUUUUUGGAACUGCGAGACAAAUACGUAAAGAAGAAGGUUUUGUUUGAAGACCCUCUGUUCCCUGCAAAUGACUCUUCGCUCUUCUACAGUCACAGACCUAUGAUGAAGUUUGAGUGGAAACGUCCCACGGAAAUUUGUGGAAACCCCGAGUUCAUCAUAGAUGGAGCCAACAGGACAGACAUCUGUCAAGGAGAAUUGGGUGACUGCUGGCUGCUCGCCGCCAUUGCCUGUCUGACGCUGAACGAGAAGUUGCUGUACCGAGUGAUUCCCCCAGAUCAGAGCUUCACUGAGAACUACGCCGGCAUCUUCCAUUUCCAGUUCUGGCGUUAUGGCGAAUGGAUCGAUGUGGUUGUGGACGACCGCAUUCCCACCUGCAAAAACCAGCUGGUGUUCACCAAAUCUUUCAGAAAGAACGAGUUCUGGAGCGCCCUUCUGGAAAAAGCUUAUGCAAAGUUGCACGGGUCUUAUGAGGCACUGAAAGGGGGGAACACACUGGAAGCCAUGGAGGAUUUCACAGGGGGAGUUACCGAGUUCUUCGAGUUGUCCGAGGCGCAGAAAGACCUCUACAACAUCAUGAGGAAGGCGCUGGAGAGAGGCUCGCUGAUGGGCUGCUCCAUAGAUAUUAUUUCAGCCAGUGAAAUGGAGACGAGGACCGAGCAGGGGCUGGUCAAAGGCCAUGCCUACUCCAUCAUAGGCCUGGAGGAGUGUUAUUUGGUUGCAAAGGACACCAGAAUUCGCCUGAUUCGCUUGCGCAACCCCUGGGGUUGGGUGCUGUGGAAGGGACCGUGGAGUGCAAAUUCAAAGGAAUGGUCGACCAUUUCCAUCGCAGACCAGGAGAACCUAAAAAAACAGACUGUGGAGUCGAGUGAGUUCUGGAUGUGUUUUGAUGAUUUCAAGAGGAACUUCACUAAGCUGGAGAUGUGUAACAUGACCCCUGACACACUGCAGGGUGACGAAAGAAAGACCUGGACGGUGUCGGUUAAUGAGGGUCGCUGGGUGAGAGGCAGCUCUGCUGGCGGCUGCAGGAACUUCCCAGACACAUUUUGGACGAACCCUCAGUAUCGGCUGCAGCUGUAUGAGGAGGAUGACGACCCAGAGGACGGACAAGUGGCCUGCACCGUGGUCGUAGCUCUGAUGCAGAAAGGGCGGAGGAUGCAGCGCCAUCGAGGGGCCAGAUUCCUCACCAUCGGGUUUUCCAUCUACGAGGUACCAAAGGAGAUGUGUGGACAGAAUCAACACCUGCAGAAGGACUUCUUCCUGUACACAGCCUCCAAAGCUAAAUGCAAGACCUACAUUAACCUGCGAGAGGUAACAGAGCGUUUCCGUCUGCCGCCGGGAGAGUACAUCAUCAUCCCCACGACCUUUAAACCCCACGAAGAGGGAGAGUUUAUCCUCCGGGUCUUCUCUGAGAAGCAGAGCACCUCCGAGGAAACGGAGAACACAAUUGGCUCUGCCGGAAUGCAGCAAGACAAGAAAAAGAAAGAAAAGCCUAUUGUAUUUGUGUCAGACAGAGCGCGUGCCAACAAAGAAAUCGAGCAUGACGGCAUUCAGGGGGAAAAGAAGAAGAAACCGAAGCAUAAGCUGUUAAAACCUGAGGAAGAGACUGAGGAGGAAAAGCAGUUCUAUGCCAUUUACCAACAGAUUGCUGGUGAGGACAUGCAGAUCUGUGCCAAUGAACUCAAAACGGUCAUGAAGAACGUACUCGCCAAACAUACUGAAAUAAAGACCGACGAAGGCUUCAGCCUUGAGACGUGUCGGAGUAUGAUCGCCUUGAUGGAUACUGAUGGGACAGGAAAGCUGAACCUGCAGGAGUUCAAGCACUUGUGGAGAAAGAUCAAGGAGUGGCAGCUGAUCUUCAAGCGUUACAUUAAAGACAAUUCGUGCUCCAUCAGUAGUUUUGAGAUGAGGAACGCUGUUAAAGAUGCAGGGUUUCACCUCAACAAACAGUUAUACGACAUCAUAGCAAUGCGCUACGCGGACGAACACCUCAACAUCGACUUCGACAGUUACAUCUGCUGUUUCGUGAGGCUAGAGGGCAUGUUCAGGGCUUUCAAUGCCUUUGACAAAGACGGAGAUGGAGUAAUCAAACUCAACGUCCUGGAGUGGCUUCAGCUGACCAUGUACUCUUAGGUCCCCUACUUGAGCCCCGACGUAGCUGCAGAGUCUCCGCGCUCAAGUUUUUGACACCAGCUUUGUCAUGACCCGGAUGGUCCCUCAGUUUUCUCUCUUUUCCUAAGCAUUAUUGAUCAAAAUGUAUUUUUGCACAGGUUGUGAUUACAACAAAAUCUUGGUGUCAACAUCAGACGCUGAGGCAAACAGGCAGUUGGAUGAUGUGAACAGACACUGGUACUAUUACAAGUGCAGAGUUGGCCUUUGUUGCCAAAGUUCCCAUGUUGUAAACAAUAUGUGGUUGGCAUUGCAGAGCUACAACUAUCAGUGCUAAAGAAAGAAACCUCUGAAUUUGAGCACUCAGUGAACACGCAUUUUGUUUAAUCUUUACAGAAAUACUUAAUGUAUAUUGUUUUUAAAAUAU